AUGUCUCGCGGGAGCCUGGCAGCGGUGGGUGAUGGGCCUGGAAACAGUGCCGCCGCAGUGGAAGAUGAGCCUAUCUGUGUGCCCCCUAGGAAGAUGCUGAUGAAGCAGCAGGACCGCCUGGAGGAGCGGGAGCAAGACAUCGAGGAGCAGCUCUACAAGCUGGAAUCGGACAAGCGGCUGGUGGAGGAGAAGGUGAGCCAGCUGAAGGACGAGGUGCGCCUGCAGUACGAGAAGAUGCACCAGAUCUUGGACGAGGACUUGCGGAAGACCAUGGAGAUCCUGGACAAGGCCCAGGCCAAGUUCUGCAACGAGAACGCGGCCCAGGUCCUCCACCUCAAUGAGCGAAUGCAGGAGGCCAAGAAGCUCCUCAGCUCUGUGCAGGUCAUGUUCGACAAAACCGAGGACAUCAACUUCAUGAAGAACACCAAGUCUGUGAAAAUCCUGAUGGACAGGACCCAAAACUGUACAGGUGGCAGCCUGCCCCCACCCAAAAUUGGCCACCUCAACUCCAAGCUCUUCCUGAACGAGAUCGCCAAGAAGGAGAAGCAGCUCAGGAAGUUGCUGGAAGGUCCUCUGAGCACCCCCGUCCCCUUCCUGCAGAGCAUCCCCAUGUACCCCUGCACCGUCAGCAACUCCGGCGCGGAGAAGGGCCGGCUGCCACAAGCCAUGGUGCCUUGUAGCUCCACGCAGCACAUAGUCGGACUUCCCAGCGGCCCGCAGCCGGUGCACUCGGGCUCCGUCUUCAACCCAUCUCACUACCCCAACACCACCUCAUCUCAGCAGUCCGUGCUCUCCCAGUACGGCGGGCGCAAAAUCCUGGUCUGCUCCGUGGACAACUGUUACUGUUCCUCCGUGUCCAACCACAGCGGGCACCAGCCCUACCCGCGGUCGGGGCACUUCCCC